AUGGCGGCAAAGGGAGCUUGUCUCUUCCCGCCCGUCUUCUCUCUGGCUCGCCAUCGCCGGACCGAAGCUUCAGACACCGCGGGCUCCAAUCACAAAUCGAGGCUCAGCUCAUUGUCCACUCGCAGAUUCGCGCAACUGUCCUCUGCAGCAGAGACCGCGACUACUUUUCCUUCGUCUAGGCCGGUCAGUUUCGGUGAGAACAGGAGGAGCCCCGAGAAACAUGGAGAAAAGGCGAGCGACCAGGGCUUGUCGUCGCCGUUCAUGGAGGACGUGGAGCUGGAGAGCGGACGCCAAAGGCUGAGGAGGUUCUUUGACGAGGCGAAGGAUCUGACCAGAGCAGACGGGGGACCGCCUCGCUGGUUCUCUCCUCUGGAUUGUGGCUUUCGCCUGGAGAAGUCGCCCCUACUUCUCUAUUUGCCUGGAAUCGACGGCAGUGGAGCUGGGCUUACUUCACAGUACAAAAAGCUCGGCGAGAUCUUCGACAUUUGGUGCUUGCACAUCCCAGUCAUGGAUAGAACGUCAUUUCUAGACCUGGUGAAAAUGUUUGAGAGAAUGAUAAAAGCAGAGACCUACCGCUCCCCAAAUAGACCUAUAUAUCUUGUUGGAGAAUCAUUGGGAGGAUGCCUUGCGUUAGCUGUCGCAGCACGCAACCCUAACAUUGAUCUUCUAUUGAUCUUGGCCAACCCAGCCACAUCUUUUGACAAGUCUCAAAUACAACUGCUAUUACCUUUGCUGGAGUUAAUGCCGGAACAAUUGCAGCUAAACUAUCCUUUCAUCCUGAGUUUGAUGGCAGGUGAUCCUUCGAGGAUGUUCAAGGCUAGCACAGAAAAAGGGCUUCCUCCCCAGCAAACAGUUGGAGAGUUAUCAAUGGACUUAUUGAUCAUGCCAUCUUACAUAUCAGUUCUUGCUGGUAUUCUCCCAAAAGAAACACUACUGUGGAAGCUUCAGAUGCUUGAAUCGGCUUCAGCAUAUGCAAAUUCACGCAUUCAUGCUGUCAAGGCAGAGACUCUACUUCUGACUAGUGGGAAGGAUCAGCUAUUGCCAAGUCUAGCAGAAGGUGGUAGACUAGACGAUGCACUGCAGAGAAGUGAUCUCCGUAAAUUUGAUGACUGUGGUCAUUUCCUUUUCUUGGAAGAAGGUUUUGAUUUGGUUACCAUAAUUAAGGGUGCUCGUUUCUACCGUCAUGGAAAAAGUCUUGACUAUGUUUUAGACUACCUGCCGCCAACCCCUGCUGAAUAUAAGAAACAAUUUGAAUCAAACAGAUGGUUUAAUGAGAUAACUGGACCAGUGAUGCUGUCAACCUUAGAGGAUGGGAGGAUUGUUAGAGGUCUGGACGGUAUUCCAUCAGAGGGGCCAGUUCUAUAUGUUGGCUAUCACAUGUUAUGGGGACUUGAACUAGCACCUUUGGUAACUGGAUUCAUGAACCAGAGGAACAUACUCUUACGAGGGAUAGCACAUCCUAUCAUACUUGAGAAAUACAAAAAAGGACAACUGCUUGAUUCGGCAUCUUAUGACACUCAUCGGUUGAUGGGUGCAGCACCUGUUUCGGGGACCAAUUUGUUCAAGCUUCUUUCGUCAAAGUCCCAUGUCUUACUCUAUCCAGGAGGCAUGCGUGAAGCGCUUCAUCGUAAGGGUGAAGAAUACAAGUUAUUUUGGCCGGAGGAACCUGAAUUUGUCAGGAUGGCAGCUAGAUUUGGAGCCAAAAUAGUGCCUUUUGGUACCGUUGGAGAAGAUGACUUUGGUGAAGUCUUUUUCGAUUAUAAUGACCAAAUGAAGAUCCCAUAUUUCAGGGACCAGAUUCGACAAAGGACGGAAGAUUUAGCAAAAGUGAGGGCUAACGCAACUGGACAGGUAGCCAAUCAAGAUUUGCACACUCCUUGGAUUCGGCCAAAAAUUCCUGGGCGGUUUUAUUAUCGCUUCGGAAAACCAAUAGAAACAGCAGGGAGGAAGCAGGAACUGAGUGACCGGGAAAUGUCCCAUGAAUUGUAUCUGCAAGUCAAGUCAGAGGUAGAGGGAUGCUUGGCGUUUCUGAGAGAGAAACGAGAGAGCGAUCCUUAUAGAAGCAUCUUCUCCCGAUUGAUGUACCGAGCCACACAUGGUUCCACAUCUGAAGUUCCAACAUUUGAACCGUGAUCGGAAGGAGAACUUUGACGUUCUUUGGAGAAAACACCGCUGAGGAAAGAUAAAAGAUUUUACAAGUACGUCUUUGACAAGUGUUACAGGGGACAUGUCAGUAUCAUUCGACCAGAACGCAGGUUUUUGAGAUCUCCGAUCUGUGACAUCCACGACUGCUGUAUUCGAUGUCGCUCAGGAGCCUCACAGUCUGAAGAACAAUCGUGGAUGGGCUUCUCUUCUUUGCCUUUUGCCACUCUUUACUGAAGCGUGUCCUUAACGUUCAUCUUGUAAUUUUAGAAGGAAAAGAGCAGCCUUUUGCCUUCAGAACUAGUGAAUGUAAAUUAUAGAUGCGCUUCUCCAUCAUUCUCACCCCGUCCAUUUGAUUUGAAGUUAUUCCUGCUU